AUGGGACUUCUUAUCCCACCGUUGACUUCUCUGCGAGCCCAGCCUUUCCUACAGAAUAAUGAAGAUUUCCUUAUGAAGGAACAUAAUAUUUUCUUAGAACCAGAACAUAAUGGACAUAAUUAUUCUGCCUACAAAUGGGUGCAGGAGUCAGUGGUCCCAACUUCUCAGAACGACCACUUUAGAGAGGACCUCUUGACUAUGGUGAAUUCUCACACAGUUUCUCUCCUCCUGGAGUCCCUGCUCGAUUACCUCUGGGUAAGAGUGGGCAGCAAAUGCAGGAUUCUUCAAAGUAAUCUCCAAUGGAUCCUGCACUUGCUGUGGUGGCUAAGGUAUUGUAAGGAAAUCUGCGCAUCUCUUGCACAAGGACCUGGCCCAGGCCACACCUGCCAAGGUUUUAUUAAGAAGUAUUAA